AUGCUGUUAUCCGUCAUAGUGGCAGCUCAAGCUUACAGGACACCUUUGUGCGAUGUAGCAGAUUAUGACAUUUCUGUUUGUGUCCGGAGGAGGGUGCUGCAGCCAUACUCCGAAAAGGAUUCCACGAACGUCUCGACUCGCUUCGCCUCGCCUCUUGUUGGUUUGUAUUCGAGUCAAGCAGGGGACAACAAAAUGAGCGAGGAGCGAGACGGGCCGUUCACCGGGGACAUGUUUGAAGCCGAAGUUACGAGGAACGAUGUGCCUCUUUGA